AUGGUAGUCACGUUUACGACCAAUCGCGCCCCAUUGGCAUUUUUUCUGCAAUUGCAGCCAUUACAAGACACACCCUCCUCCUCCUCCUCAGCCGGUCUCUCCCAGCAUCCGUUCUCCAAAUUUCGCAUUUGGGGUGGAAUCAACUGCUCUGACACUCAGGUUACAAUGGCAAACCUUCGCACUCAGAAGCGCCUGGCUGCUGCCGUCCUCAAGUGCGGCAAGCGCAAGAUCUGGCUUGACCCCAACGAAGUCAACGAGAUCUCCAACGCCAACUCCCGUCAAAACAUCCGUAAGCUUGCCAAGGAUGGUUUGAUCAUCCGGAAGCCCGUGGCCAUGCACUCUCGCUACCGUGUCCGCGAGCGGGCUGCUGCCAAGCGUCUUGGUCGUCACACCGGUCCUGGAAAGCGCCGAGGUACCGCCGAGGCUCGUAUGCCCACGACUGUCCCUUUGGAUGCGUCGUAUGCGUGUUCUCCGUCGUCUUCUUCGCAAGUACCGGGAGUCUGGCAAGAUCGACCGUCACCUGUACCACGAGUUGUACAUGAAGGCCAAGGGUAACGUGUUCAAGAACAAGCGUGUGCUUAUGGAGUACAUCCACAAGGCCAAGGCUGAAAAGACCCGUGUGAAGCUUCUCGAGGACCAAGCUGCGGCUCACCGUCAAAAGGCCAAGGCUGCCCGCGAGCGUCGCCAGAACAGGUUGGCUGCGAAGAAGGAGGCUCUUCGCACUGGGUCGGAGGAGACUGCCCCAGCAGAGAAAUAAGUUGGGUAGAUAUCUCGUGCGCGGCUGUGAUGGGCAAGAGAGGGCUUGGCAUAUCUCUUUCUUCUUGUAUCAUUCUUCUUCGGUCUUAGGUAACAUUAAUAAAUGGGUCAUGCCAACCGCAA